AUGUCGAGCAGCGGCAGCAUGCGCAGUCCCAUGCAAGGCGGCACCAUCAGUAAGCGAUUCAACAAAGCGCGAAGACGUGGAAAUAGUCAGGGAGAGUCGCUUAGUAGUAACGCGUUCGGAGGUAUGAGUCCCGUAGACAAUUUAAGCAACAACGGACGCAACACGAUCAGUUUUGGUAAACCUGCGCUUCCCUCCUCACCUGCAACAGCACCAGGUCAUUAUUUGAACGCUCUGAAAGAUGAUGCGUCGGGAUUUGUGUCCAGCAAGACGGGAUUUCUUACGAAACGUGCCAUGUCAAGCAUGGACGCUUUUGCUAACUGGAAAGAGCGAUUCUUUGUGCUAGCAGAAGGCCAUUUGUCUUAUUAUAAGCAAGGUGGAGGCUUUUUUAACACAGGCAAAGAGGAUAUUGUACAUUUAAAGGGUGAAUUGGAGCUCACACCAGAUUCUAUUGUACGAAAGAGCAAUAUUGACGACAAAGCCAAUUGUUUUGAGGUUGUAACCCCUACAAAAAAGAUGUUUUGCCAAGCUAGUACUGCCAGAGAAAUGGAGGAUUGGGUCAAAUCAGUACGUGCGCACAUUGCGGUAUUGAAGAAGAAUCAAAUGCGAGGUAGCUUUCACGAUGUGGCACCUGUAAACCUCGGAGCAUCAGGUGGACCAGGAGUUACGGCUGGAUUGAACGGGUUGCUUCAGGCAAACUCCAUGGAGACGGACUAUUCACGGCCCAGUAUGUUGGAAGACCAUGAGAUUGUGCGUAGCGCAGACAAGUCCUCGGACCCCAAAGAUAUUGUUAUCAAACAGCUUUUGGAGGAAAACCGUUCAUUGCGCGAACAAUUGACUAUGAAAGACCAAGUGAUUCACGAACUUGAGACAAAUGGAGGACGAUCCGUGGACACGCUCUCGGGAGGUGCAGGCAAAGCAAGAUCAACAGCGCCACAAAUGAUUUUGGAUCUAAGGGAUGUAAAGAAAAAACAGUUCCAAUUGUUUGACGCAGCGGAAGUCGGCAAUUGGCAUCUGAUUGCGACAUUAUUGCGGGAUAAUGUCAUUGAUGUGAAUGGUGUGGGCAUUAACCAGACGACAGCGCUGCAUUUGGCAGCACGGAACAAUCAUUCAAACGCUGUCAAGGAAUUGCUGACUCGUGGAGCAGAUCCGUCCGCACGGACGGGCGAUAGCUAUACAGCAUUGCAUGUUGCUGUCCAAGCGGGCAAUGUUGAGUGUGUUAAAGAACUACUUGAUGCAGGUGCAGACCCAAAUGUCACGGACUAUCAGGGUAAUGCUGCUAUUCACAUGGCAGCAGAGUCAGGAGAUAUUCCUACGGCCAAACUCUUGGUGGCACGUGGCGCACGGAUCGAUGCACCAAACGCAAGUGGCAGCCUUCCAGUGCACUUGUCUCCGAUCGGCCAUCCAAUUCGUGUCCUUCUUGGCAGCGGUGCAAACUUGGCUGCGACGAACCCAUCGCAACCCCCGAAGCCACGGAACGAAAUGGCUGCUCGUGAAGGAAAUGCAACACAAGCGAGUCAUUUGGCAUUUAAAAACAAGUACCAACAGGAUCUGGCACUUGGUCCUCGUGAUUUUGAGUUUGUCAAGGUGUUGGGACGUGGUGCUUUUGCUAAAGUUUAUUUGGUGCGUGGGAAGGGUUUGAACCGCGAUAAGUGGUAUGCUCUCAAGGCGUACAACAAACAGGCUAUUGUUCAAAAGAACCAAGCGCAAUACAUCCAUACAGAAAAGGCUGCAUUGCAGGCGUGUUCGGAUCACCCGUAUAUUGUGACACUUUACUUUGCUUUCCAAUCUCAAGACCGUUUAUUUUUAGUAAUGGAGUACUGCGGUGGUGGUGACUUGCUUUCGGCGCUCACUCGACGAAAAGCAUUUACUGAAAGCGAAGCAGCUUUUUAUAUUGGUGAGAUUGCGCUGGCCUUGUCGCAUCUUCACUCGAAGAAUAUUGUAUUUCGUGAUUUGAAGCCGGAAAAUGUGGUGAUGGACUUGGACGGGCACUGCCUUCUGACAGACUUUGGAAUCUCAAAAGAAGGGAUUAAAGAUCACACGUCUGCAAAUACGUUCUGUGGAUCCCCCAUGUACCUCGCACCUGAGAUGCUGUCACGUUCGGGUCAUGGAUUUGCUCUGGAUUGGUACUCGGUAGGUGCUUUGCUCUUUGAGCUGCUGACUGGUUUACCUCCAUUCUACACGAACGAUAAAAAGCAACUUUUUCACAAUAUUCUGCGUGGCCACUUGGUGAUCCCAGAGUAUUUGUCGCCCAACGCUCGCGACCUGAUUCAGCGAUUAUUGCACCGAGACCCGAAGCAGCGAUUGGGAUCCGGACCCACGGGCGACCGUGAGAUUUUUGAUCACCCGUUUUUCACGAGUGUGAAUUGGGAAAAACUCAAAGCGCGCGAGUUACCACCUCCAUUUCAGCCAAAGAUUAAGAAAGAUCCAUCUGGUGUACCAGAUACGUCGAACUUCCCGCAAGCGUUUACGGAUCAGGAGAUUUCUGAAAUGGAGCGAGGUUUCGAUCUCGUAGAUCCAAAUGCAGCUCAGGUACAACGUCCGAAUCCAAAUGGAAACAAAGAUGACAAACGUUUGUUUAAAGAUUUUGACUUUACACCGGAGCUACAGUUGGACAACGAGGCGAAACAAUUUGAGCAGCUUGCGCUUCAACAGAACAGUUUCAAAAACCUUCCGCCACCAGCCCUACUUGAAACGGACGAAUACAGCAUCUAA